GGCCUGUCCGACCUCAACAAUGUCGGAUGGAGAAGACUCCCAUGCUGAGCGCAACGUCUUCCUGAGCCUUGUUUCCCGGGUUAUACACCAUUCCCCGUAUAGAUUUCCAGAGCAGUGGGGUCAGGAAACAUAUGAACCACGAAUCUACAAAACACUGGGAAACAUACUGCGCAAUGUAUCAUCCGAAGAAUUUGAAUCCUUCAUAUCAGACUUCAUCACCUUCGCGCAGACAGCCCAUGCGCGGCUCGACAUGCAGUUGUACAUGGAGUUUAUCAACGUGUGCACCAACACCAUCUUGUAUUGGGUCUUUGCCCGCAGGAGUAGCGUGGAAAUAGUCAGAACACUCAUGGCACGAACCUCAUGUUUCCUAGGAGAACACAACGACUGUUUGGCUAUUGCCAGGAGGUCCUUCACACCUACUUACAGCCCAAGCCCCAUGGGUGGAUUGACGCCGUUGAUGUUCGUGGCCCAGAACCGGCAGUAUGACGUUCUGAAGGUUCUACUGCAGUACGGGAUGUUGGAGCGCGAACGGCAACCUACGUACAUCAUCAUUUGUAUCCUGUUCAACCCAUCGCGCCUGGAAGUAUUGGACGACCAGAACCCAGGGGAGGAGGGUCGAAGCAUCCGCGAGUGUGUGGAACUGUGCUCCAGAGUGCUUACCUCCAUCGCCAUCGCUGACAUCGAGAUGCAGAUCCUUUAUGGGCGGGUGCCAAUGAUUGCAGCCUGGAGGGACUGUCUCCCCAUCACCCACUACCAGGAGCCCUGUGAGCUGACCCAGCUCUGCAGGGUGGCUGUGCGGGGACAUCUGCUGAAGAUGUGUCGGCUCCCGGAUGGCCUCAAGGACCUGCCUCUCCCCUCACGCCUCCAGGCUUUCCUUAAUAUUGAGUUCUGAGGCCCAGAAUUAGGCCUCAGCGGGCACCUGCGCCUCUCAGGGAUCUCAGGGAUUGCCGAUUAAAAGCUCCUUGUGAUGUUAA